AUAUGUAUAUAUAUAUAGUCAUACUAUUUGCCAACUUUUGCUCAUAAACUUUAUUAUUUUCCACCUACUUAUUGAAUAUUGAGAAAUAAAGAUACUGUGUGUUUAGACUUCAAUGAAAUCCCGUAUAUGUUGUUACAUUUCACCAGUUUGAAUGAAUUAUAUGUAUACAUACAUUUAUAUUACCGCCAAAAUUUGAAAUCUAAAAAGUAACAUUUUAAUUUUAAAAGAAUAAUAUCAACUAGUAUUUUUAUCCACCGCAUCAUCACUGUCACGAAGAUAGUGUGUUAGAAGAACAGUCCGUCGAUAUAACAAAGACAGGAAAAGGACAGAACCAUGGGAUGAAGUUGUUGCAUUGAAAGAAAAAGAAGAGGGUAGUUAACUAAACAAUGGAAUCUCAUAUACAAGUAGUGGAUAAAUCGUCAAUGCCUUUCUAAGUUAUCUACACAGAAAACCCAUAAUACUGAAUUUUUAUCGAGUGUUUGCAUUCACUAAAAACAAAGUUGUAAGUUACAUCACCUAAAUGGAAAAAUAUAAUCAGUUAGAAAAAGUAAUACAUUACAAAUAAUAUGAGGAAACGACAAGGGGAACAGAGAGACAAAAGAUUUAUCACUGACAAAUGCAUAUAUAGAUUUUACAUCACAAUACAUUUAUCAUCUAUUCUCCUCUUCUCUUCACCAUUCUCAAAUUUGUUACAAUUAUUCACAUCAGUGUCAUUGUUAUUAGUAAUAAUAAACUGAGCAAUUGAAAGGAUGCUUUCUUAUGCACAUGCUUUAUACAUUGUACAAAUAGUUAGAUGUGUAUAACAAGUUAGGUAUUGAAAUCAAGGAAGUAUAGAUUUCUGUUUCAUCUUUUCGUGUGAUAUUUUCUUCUCUUUUGGAAUAAACAUUGCAGUUUCUUACAGUAAACGCUAAAGCGUUAAUAACAUUUCAAAUUGUCAUCGAAACAUACAAAACAAGGUCUUGCAAUUCAGCAGAUAUAUAAAGAAUAAUAACAGUUCAUCCACACAAAUUACUUUGAAAGAUUUAUUCAAUGGAAACAUAUAUAUGCCCAAGUGAUAGACAGUUAGCAUUACGUGCAAGACUUGGAACAGGUUGGUCAUCUAGAGCACAAUCUGCCCAACGUCGUCGAUGUCAACCAUUGAGUACAGAUGAAGAAGAACAAAUUUUACGAGUUCUCAAACGUAAUGAAAUGCUUGCAGAGAAUGAGAAGGCUCGUGUUGAAGCGAUGUUACAGAAACUUGAUCGUUUAAAACAAACAUCAGGUGCUAAAACAAACGAAGAGUGUUCAUUAUGUCGGAAAGAAUUUGGCCAUUUGAGUAAUUUACCAAUUGUUUGUGUAGAAUGUGGCCGAUGUGUAUGCACAGCAUGUUGUAUAGAAUUGACUAUCCCAACCUUGUAUAGACAACCAGUAACAAAACGUAAUUCACUGCUCAAUUUUCAAUGGAUGGUAAAUACGCAUGUAAGUGGCAGUCUGAUGAAUACACCAAAACAUCAGACCUAUGCUACAAUCAAUAAAAGUCAAACAAAUGGAGGCACAACUCAAAAUAACACAACAAAUCUGCCAGCAUCUUCAAACACAAGUAAUAAUAAAUUUUCAAAUCGUCGAGGGAGCCUAAUUGGUACCUUAAACUCAGCCGCUUUCCACAGUCAACAGUUAUUUGAAAAAGUCAGAGUUAAAACGAAUUCACGUCAAAGUGACAGUCACUCCUUCGUCUGUAAAAUAUGCUAUGAGGCCAGAGAAAUCUGGAAACGUUCUGGUGCAUGGUUUUACAAAAGUCUUCCUCGUCGUCAAAUGAUCAGUUGUCCAUCAAGUCCAUCCUUGACAUGCGCUCACAGUGAUUGUCAAACACUAAAUAAUUUAUCUGAUCUUGUUAAACCUAUUAGAUCAAAUAUUGAUCAUAACAGUCAUACUGAUUAUACAGACAAUGAUUCAGAGCAAUGGAUACAGUUGAAACCUAGCAGAAGACCUUCUAAGCCUGAAGGUUCGGAAUCUAUCGGUUCUUCAGUACCCGGAACAAGUAAAGAUGCAGGUCAAAGUGAAGUAAACUCAAGUACAAAAGUACGUUGUGCAACAAAAAAAUUACAAAAAUCACCAGAGCAUGUCACUUAUGUUCCAACAAAUCAAAAUCUCACCGAAUUCUCCAAACCCAACUCACCAUCCUAUACUAAUGUAUCUGGAAGUCUGAAUAAUCAAGAUAUCUCAUAUAUAGCACCAUCUUGUUUACUGCCUGAUUCACCUAGUCCUACAUCUUCAUGGAAAGCUCAGUCUGUGUCGCCAAUUUCUGCGGUACCCUUUCAUCCAGCAUUUACGCCAAACAAAACUGUCAGUCACUCAACAGCUUCAGCUUUAGCCUCUUCAUUUACAAGUACAAAUUCUACACAAAAAGUAGCAAGUCUAACGGGUGAAAAAGAACCUGCCAAUCUUCUUUCAACUGUAUCAAAUACUGUGUCCCUUAUGCGACGUCCCACUGUAUCUGCAAGUGAUGAAGCUCCAUUUGGUGUCCUCUAUUUCACACUCUACCACGAUACACUGAACAAACAACUUCAUGUAGCUAUACACAAGGCUAAAAAUUUAAUUGCGAUGGAUGCAAAUGGAUUAUCAGAUCCUUAUGUUGUAUGCCAACUUUUACCGACAAGUCAUAACAGUCCUACACCACGUACAUCUACAAGACCACAGUGUCUAAAUCCUGUUUGGAAUGAAGCGCUGACAUUUGAACCAUUUGAUGGAAAAAAUAUUAACACAAAGACAUUACGGUUAGCUGUUUUGGAUGAGGAUUUAUACGGUUCUGAUUGGCUUGGAGAGUAUCGUUUACAACUAUCGCAGUUGAUUCCUAACCGGUUAACUGACUUUGCUGUUCCACUGGGUCCACGUAAACCGGUACAACGUGGAGAGUAUGAUCUAGCCUGUCCAACGAGAGGCAAAAUUCACCUUGGUCUUGGUUACUUGGAAGAUCGUAAACAACUAUACGUUGAAGUAAUUCGCUGUGCUGAUCUAGCUCCAAUGGAUCCUAAUGGGUUCUCUGAUCCUUUCGUAAAACUAUACCUUCGACCUGAUAAAACAAAGAAGACAAAGCAAAAAACUCAAAUUAAAAAGGCCACACUGUUCCCAGAAUUUCAUGAGACAUUUUUCUACGAUUUGAAUGCAUCUGAAGCUGGUAGUCGGACACUUGAAGUAACCGUAUGGGAUUUUGAUCGUGGUCCAAGUAACGAUUUUAUUGGUGGUUUGACAUUGGGUGCAGGAGCUAAGGCUGAAAGACGAGAAUUAUGGCUAGCGGUGUUUAGACCACCGUAUCGUCGUAUUGAAGCUUGGUUCCAAUUGUCCAACAGAAAUGAAAACGGAAAUCAAUUUACAACUCCAGGAGUCUGUGAUUAAGAAUUAUUUCUGUUACAGGCCUACUAACCAUUAUCACAAAUGGUGUCUAUUCAUCUGAUAAAGGAGAUUCAUUUUUCCUAUUUAUCUAUUCAUUGUGAAUUUCCUUCUCUUAAUCAUCUUUGUUGUUCUCCGGUUGGUACAUUCGUUUGUAUAUUUUAUGCACCUUCAACAAAUGACAUUUUAAUCAUGUCUACACUAAACAGUAACUGUUUAUUUACAUCUAAAUUUUAAAUUGCUUCGUCUUUUGUCCUUAGUUUUGAAUUCUCGUUUCUAUUCUUCCUCUCUUGUACAAACCAAAAAUACUAUUCAGUGUUUUAAACCCAAAUUUGUGGAUGUAUACGUGGAGUACUGCUUAUCCGUUGCUUACUGAACAAUCAAUGUUUAUCCAAUGAUUCAAUAUCGCAUUUUCAAUGUUCAACAGUCGCGGCAGACACUAAUCUACCAUUUCAAACAAAUAAAUUCUUUUGUUUUUGAUGUUUUCCUUGUUUGUCAUUAACUCUAUCCAUUAUUUACUAAGAUCAUGAUGUUGUUACUUCUUUUUGUUGACAAUUAAGUGUGUAAUUUCUUUCCACUCUGAUUAGAGUUUAAGGAUGUAAAUGCGUUUAUUGCUGUUACUACUACAGUCCACAUUGAAACAAAUGAAAAUACUUACCUAAUCUUGUAUCAACAAUCCACUUGUAACUUUUUGUUGGUUAACCUUUUCUCAGAAUUGACUAUGAACUUAUUUGAUACUUAUUACUGAAACAAAUUCAAGCAUAGAUGUGUUGUUUUGUAAUAUUUCAGCAUUCAGAUUUUCAUUCCAUUUACUUAUUUUCCUCGAAAUGCUUUCAACUUUUUUUAAAUUUUAUCCGCAUUCAUCAAUUGUCAACCAGUAAAUCGUUUUAUUGCAAGCUUGUCAACAACUUCGUAGGUCUAUCCUUUGUAAAAUGUGAACUUAUCUGUCUUUCUACCAUUUCUUCCGUUAAAUUCUGUAAACAAUGUACGCUCUGUAUUUAAAUUGCUGUUUGUGUAUGUCUGUGAGUGUAUUUCAAUUUUUUGUUUGUUUCUGUUAUAUUGAUUGCUCAACAUAAUGCGUAACUUUCACAAUUCAUCACUAUCUUCAUACACGCAUUAUCAGUCAAAUGAAGAGACUUAUUACAACAACCAGUUUCAAAGUUUGUAUUCAUCUCUAAUUUUCCAAGAAAUUUCGACUAUUUAGUGCUGCAUUUG